GAUACAGUAACCUGUCAAUCACCCUUCCAGCCCCCGCAGAUUAGCCGUCAGUCUGGCUUAGUUACAGCUGCCAGCCCUCCUUUACCUAAUUCAACAAUACUAGAUGCUGCUAUCCCUUCAACUGGUUUGCCUAGACCAGUCCUUGCUACAGAAGAUGAGACUCCCUUUGAUUUCCUGGCCUUAUCACGGCAGGAUCCCGACCAGAUCUCAUGUGUUCAACCUGCUGUUCCUUUAGCUGAAGACCCUGUUCAACUUCUCAUUCGCAUAUCUGACCACAAGCAUUGCCCUCCUCUAGAGCAGCAACCAGCUACAUCCAAUACCUCAUAUGAACAGAAACCUUUGAUAUCUGGUACUGCUAGCUCGGGUCACUCCUCUAGCACGAGAACACAUGUAUAUAAGCUUGAAGGUCCUUCAUUUCCAGACCUUAGUAGAGAAGACGAAAUGCAAUACAGGAUGUUACGGAUGGCCCUUACAAACCUUCUUGAUCCUCAUGAGACAGAGCACUUCAAAUAUCAUGUCCUUCUUGAUCACCUCAAAGUAGACCAAGCUAAACGAUUAGCUCUUGCCUUUUCCUACGCUCCUGACCCAUACACUCAAGCCAUCAAAGCCCUUGAUGAGCGUUAUGGGCAACCAAGACAGCUGGCAUUGAAAGAGCUAAAGAAUAUACUGGAACUGCCUCCUAUCAGAGCAGGUGAUGGUCAGAGCCUUGAUAAUUUUGCUCUUCGAGUACAGGCUUUAGUUGGGUUGCUUAGCACUAUGGGAGAACAAGGACGUGCAGAACUAGACUGUGGCUCCCAUGUCGAUCGCUUGUUAGUGAAGUUGCCUGCAGAGCAUUUCAGUCGCUUCAAACGGCAUGUUUACAGGGAACAGGGAGAAAUGACGUAUACCUUGCCUUUGUUCUCAUCCUGGUUGCAAAUGGAAUGCAGGUGUCAACCAAAGAAGGCCAGUCCUGUUCCAUCCUUCAACCAGACACGACCUGCCCAGUUUUCCAUCAGCAGAGUUAGCUCGAACACUCCUAGACAAAUUAAGAAACCAUCUAUCAGAAGGAGGCUUCGACCUUCGCCAGUGGGCCAGCAAUAAUCCUGUUGUGAUUAGCCAUCUACCAUCUGAGGUAAGAACGGCAAGUAAUGAACUUUGCCUGACUGAAGACAAGCCAUCUGGCCCACAUGAACGCACAUUAGGAUUAUUGUGGAAUUGUGAGACUGAUUUGUUUGCCUAUAAAUACAGAACUCUAGCCUCAC